AUGUAUUCUAUUUUACUGUCUAGAAUGGGUCUCUGCGGCACGUCUAGAAGUGUCAGAAGUUUUAUUUUACUAUUAACCAUUACAUAUUUUUGCGUGUUUACGUCUGAUGCCUGCUUUGAUGGCGAUUCUGAUGAGGAAGACGAAGUACAAAUUGUUGUCGACGGCAUAGAGACUUUCUAUCGCUUACGGACCGAGAAUUGUGACCGAUAUGAUGAGGCCUUUGCUAUAUUUUCAGGAUUGUCUUUCGAUCCAACUUUUUUGGACUUCGGUUACCAACCUUUGUUGCAUCCUAAACGUGUGGAAGUUACAAUAACUAACAUCGAUUCUGACCAGUCGGUUGAGCUUGUGACUACAUUUGGAGCUCCUAGAUUUAUAUUUUGGUCCAGGUUCAAUCAAACGGCGAUAGCUCCAUCUUCCUCUGCAAAAUUCAAUGUGACUUUCUUACCGUAUACUGUCGGUGAAUUCGAAGCCUUUAUGUACAUUCAGACGUCUUUGGGUGCUGUGAAAUAUCAGGUGUUUGGUUCUAGUUACAUCAGUGAUCAACAUUUACUACCUCUUGUCAACUUUGAGUCGAUGGUUGAAAAUAAGAAAGUGUUCCAUGUCAAAAUACUCAAUCCAUUUACUUAUUCUGUAGAGAUCAACAACGUGGAAGUGUAUCCUAGUAAUCUGAAAACGGAUCAUUGCAUUCGUCUUCAUGCCUCAGCUAACUCUAUUGGUCAAAGUAGUACGAUCAGUAAUUGUUUCUUUCCAUCCAAAAUACUUAAUUCAUUUGAAAUAACAAAUUUAUUAAAAGUACACACUGACCUGGAUGAAAUGGAACUAGUUCGAAUUUCAAGUUCACCACAUGCGGAUGAUCUUCAGUGCAAGUCUGGUAAAAUAUCUGUUGAAGAUUCAACUAGCUGUGUGACAGUUGGAAACUCUACAGGUCAACAUUUAAUGUUGCCAACUGUGUUGAUCCCGAUAAAUGAACUUCCCCAGAAAGUUCUGUACUCACGUGUUAACCUUCUGUAUUUUGGUACGGUUACCAGUCAAUCAGGACCUAUAACAAAACCAAUUGACAUCUUAUAUCUUGGAGAUCAAACUCUUCAGAUUACAAGUAUUGAAUCUAGUCUUCAUGAUGAAGCCAUAUCAAUUAAUAUUACAGAAACAAUGAUUUCACCUCGUACAGUGAUACCGAAAACUAUUGCAAUGAUUUCAAUUUCACCUAGUCAUAUAACACAUAGUUAUCAUAUAUCUGGUGUAGUUAAUAUAUUCACAAAUGAUAGAAGCAUUUAUCUGCCUAUACCCUUCUAUGCUCGAUUUACUUAUGGUUUCUUAUCCUCAAAUGUUCAGAAAAUCGAAACUUUCACACUUUCAAACAGUCAACAAAGACAACGUACAGCUUUGCUUUUCAACUUUAGCGUAACCAAUCAAUACGAUUUUGUGCUGCCUUUGUCAAAACCUAUUUUCCCUGAACCAAUCAAUAAAUACCUACAGAUUCAUUAUGCUGCUCAACCUAUGGAAUUGGCACCAAAUCAAACUAAACUGAUCAUGAGUUUAUCUGUACUUAAUGGUGAUGAUGAUGAUGUGAAUGAUACUGGUGUUCCCAGUGAUAAUUAUGGUGGUGUUGUUAGCAGUGGUGUGCCUACUUUUACAGGUACACGUGUACGUGGCGCAGCAUCUCUACACUCAAGUAAUACACACUUUCUUCUAUCGUAUGAUAUUUAUUCAGGUCGACUUCAAGUGGGUAUACAGGGUGCACGACUAAUUAAUAAAACUUUCAUACUGGGUACAAUACUGUUGGGUGAAACAAGUAGUCAUUACAUCGUAAUAUAUAAUAAAAAUCCUAUUCCCAUUGAAGUGAAAUUAAUCGAGAUAUACACAAAAUCAGCUAAUGGUACCCAAUGUCAAUUUCCGGUAUCCAGAUGGAAUACACUGAAUCGUGUAUGUCACUUCACGCGUCCCUGUCAAUAUUGUGUUAUCAAUUUGGCGGAUGAGAUGCCACCAUCAUCUGAAUUUAAUCUCCCUCUUAAAUGGGGUAGUAAAAAAGUAACUCAGCAUAUCAAAGGCAUUAUACGGAUUCAUUCGAAAUAUGAGAUACUUAGACAAAACUUUGAAUGCUAUAUUACACAUGGUCGAGUUGUUGUGACACCUGAUCCACUGAUUGUGAAUAAUUUAUUUCCUGGAAGAAGUAUUCACCGUAACAUUAUAGUUCAAAAUACUUAUUCUACUGAUAUAAACAUAACAAAAGUCCAGUUACAUCCACCAAAUGUCUUUCUGAAUAAAAUCGAUAAUGGUUUUACAAAAGAUAUUGUUAAAUUUCAUAAUAUUAAACAAGAGAGUGACAACGAUUCGAAUUCGACAAUACAUUCUAUACAACCGAUUACAUUUUCACCAAAUCAAUCUGUGUUGAUUGGUACUGUUUAUUUCGACCUUUCUGAUAGUUGUAUGGAUCACUCCGUAACAACUGCCAAUCUUUCCACUGUCCCCAUAACUUCCCAGGCUGUUAAACCGUAUUGUUAUUGUGGCUUUAGCUUGGAUACGUCACCAGGGAGAUUAUGGUUAAAAGGUGCUGCUGAUGAGAAGACCAGUCACCGUGGUAAUGAAAGUGAUCCUCGGCUUCGUAUAAAUUAUUCAUUAAUCAAAGAAACAUUUUCAGUGUAUAGUGAACUUCAUAGUCGGUGGUUGAAAUACUUUACUAGUAGCGAUUUUUCCAAACAUCCAGUGAAUGACAAUAAUAAUAAUAAUAGCAAUGGUAACAGUCGUAGUCAUAUUCGUAGUCUUAAAAAUAUCACAGCUAGUUUAAGUUAUGAAAUGUUGAAUGUCACCUUUCAUAGUGAUUUAUCCGUUCACUUUAUCUGGCCGGAAUUGACUAAUUCUCAAAAACAUUCUGUCAGCUCAUCCAAGAAAAAUACCACUUGGUGUAUAGUGAAGGAAUUCGUGUCUCCAUCUGCAUCAUCAUUUAAUCGUCAAAUCCAGAUACCAACAAGACUGUCUUCAUCAGGAACAUUGAAUUCAUGGGAAUGUAUCUUUCAAAUUGUAAAUCCUCAAUCAACAGUGAAACCUUUAUUUAUUCAGCCAGUAUUAUGGAGUCAAGUGUACAAUAGUUGUGUUUCAAAUGAAACUCAAUUGAACGAUUUAAAAACUUUGACUACACACUUUUUUAAGAAUAGAAGUUUGGUUGACUCAUUAUUUACAACUACUUAUGGAGAAUAUUCUAUCCAGCCUUUUUCAUGUUCAUCUCGUAAAUCAAAGGAUAUUUUCAGUCAUUUUUAUCCACCAAGUUAUCUGCUUGUACCAGAUGGUGGGGAACAGUGUUUUCGUCUAACUUUCACACCAUCUAUCAGUAAUCUCUUAUAUGCACUCAGUCCAAACAAUAAUAAUGAAGGUGUUCUUCGUAGUCUACUAUUGAUAAGAAAUAAUUUAACUUCUGUAGAACCUAUAUGGUUAGAAGUUCAUUUAGAUCGCAUUGGUUUAACACUCGCCAAGGUGUCAACUUCAACUGCAUCACAGUCAUCAGGAUCUGUUGCAUUAAGUGAUGUUGAAAAGAAAUUACACAGUAAUUUACCUAAUUUUAAUUUAUAUGUCCGUUCUACACCUGGCAAUAAUAAUAAUAAUGCUGGCAUUGGUAGUUCACAAUCGGGAAUUGAAGAAAAUGUGUCGCCUUCAUUGAAAAUCGAUCAAAUUAUAUAUGAAGCAGAUUUAAGUUUAAUCGGUUUAUUCAAUACUACUACUACGAAUAAUAAUAACAAUAAUACGGAUCAAAAUUUUCACAAAUAUAUACCAUUGAAAUUUGAAUUCACUGAAAAAUCAAUUGGACCCUUCUGUGAAACUCCGAACACGGAUUUAGUGCGGCGUCUACACUCCUCGUUACAAAGUCGACAAGAUAAACAAUCUGACAGUCAUCUCCAUAAUUAUCAAACAACCACUGGUCAUGCUGACAUAGAUCAUCAUAAAGGCCUACUAGUGAACCUGUCUCUACGUCGGCGUUUAGUUCUAGUCAACACGGGACAGGUUACUCUAAAUAUAUUCAUGCUAUGCCUUUUACCAUCACCAAAUUCUAAACUAAAAAGCCUAAAUGACUUGACAGAUUCAAAUAUAUCAACUACACUUUCAUCGAUAUCAUCAGCUACUUCAAUGUAUUCAUUACAAGCUUCAUGUACUACAGCUGGCUUUAAAAUAGAUCCAUGUAUACUGCCUAUGAUGACAAGGACAAUAAAUACUUCAAAUAUCAAUGAAAACAGUGAUAAUAUUUCCGAUAUUUCUAAACUUUUACCAGGUCAACAUCUUAUCAUUGAAUUACGUCAUUAUCCAGACUUCACGCAUACUUAUUUAACAGCAGAUUUAAUUAUUCAAGUCUAUCCAUCAAUAUUUGAAUCCAGCAUACUCCAAUGGUUGAAUGUGAAAGAAUCAAAUAAUCAAACAGAUAACAUUAAUGAUGAUUUAAUGUUUAUUCAACUGCCUAUUAUUCCAUUAGAGGCUAGUUUCAAUACAUACUUAUUGGGUGCAUGUCUUAAUUUUUUGCCUAGACCACCGAUUGAAUCAUUUCUAUGGAUAAUGGUUCUAAUAUUUUAUGUGUUCAAUAUAAUUGGAAUACUGAUAUCAUCCUAUGCAGAUGCAAAAGGCAUAUACACUAAUCAUAUUGCUCUCCGGCGUCAUAUUGAUGAAUCACCAGAGAAUUUUUAUCCAGAUUCUACGAAAAUUUUUAGUUUAAAUCAAACAACAGAGAAAACGUGUAUCACUUAUUGUAAAGAUGCUAAACGGGAUUUAUAUGAUGAACGGUCUACUGGGGUGGUUACAAAUUCAAAUUUAUCUUAUUCUACUAUUACUACUAAUAUCGCUACCAGUCCUUCAACUGACCACAUUGUCUCAUCUGAUAUUGUAACAACAGAACGAAAACUGAAGCUGAAAAGUGUUUUACCAACAUCAGCAUCAAGUAUAUCUGAUUCAGGGGAACAGAAAAUAAAUCAUCAGUUAACAACCGGCUCUUCAUAUUGGAAUAACUAUUAUUUUAAAUGGAUAUUAGGCUUAUUGUUUGUCGUUAAACAUACGAUUAGUCUUCGUUGGAUAUUUAUUACCUUUAUAUAUCCUCAUAAAAUGAUCAAACAAUUCAGUAUCUGUGCUGGUAAAAUCAUCAGUUGGUUUAAUUCAUGGAAAAAAUAUCUUCUUUUCUAUCCUCAACGGAAUCAACAAACAUUAUCUAAUACCAUUGGAAGUGUUGAUGGUAAAUUGAAUGAUGCAGUGGCGAUCAAUAAAAGAAAUUCACUAGGUUUAUCAAAACCAUUACCAAUCGGUGAAUCAAAAAAUACUAAAGUAAUAUCAAAACCGCUGCCUACUAUAAAUUUAUCAAAAACGACAAGUCAGCUUCCAGAUAAAACUACACGAGUAAAUCGUAAAAAGAAAACUUUAGCAACCCAAGCUAUUGACUCCUUUACAAAGCUAUCAAAUACGAAUACAUCGGAAGAUCAGUCUCAGAUAAUAAGAGGUCCACGUUAUGCAAAAGUAGACUCUCCAUUAACGGUGACUUCAACAACAAUAACUUCAGCGACAACACUUAGUAAAGAUGUCUCACCACCUCACAUGGCUGAAGCUGAUAUUGUUGCUGCUGUACAAGCCUCAAUACGACUUACUGAAGAUGUCAGCAAUCAUAAUCACCAUCAGCAUCAUCAAGCGCGUAAAAAGCAUGCUCAACGUAUCUCUUCGCGUAUAACAGGUAAUUCAUCUUCACCAUCAUCUACAUCUGGACCUGAUGUGGAAGGUAGUUAUUAUAAAGACAAGGAAAGAAAGUUAAAAUCUAGAAUUAAUAUACUUUAUCAAAAUCAUUCUUCUUUAUCAGUCAAUUUAAAAUAUAAAUCAGAUUCCGUGAAUGGAAUUUUCGACAGUCAACAUGAUCAUUACAAUGAAAAGAAUUCUUCAGUUUCAAAUAUUCUACCUGUAACAACAUUUCAGAAACAAUAUAUUGAUGAACUUAACAAUGAGGUUGAACCAUCUGUAAUUCUACAGGGAACUAAUGGUACUAUCAAUCAAAAGUCCUCUACUUCAACUCUACUCGCUGCCUCAUUUGAUAAUUCUCAACCAGUUGUUGAUGAAUGUUUUGAAUGGCCUGAAAAUACUGAGACGUAUAUUAUUCAGUCAAAUGGCAUGCAUCGGUUUAGCAAUGACCUUUAUAAUCCGUCGACACGAGUAUUCUCAGAUACUUCAUUUCCUAUUGGUUCUGAUGAAGCUAUGAAUCGUUUAUCUGAAGAAACUCAUGAAUUUUCUAGAUCAUUUUUCACGGAAUUAUCGAAUAUGUCUUCUUUAUAUUCAUCACAAUCUAUUCCACUAUCAUGGCAUUCAAAAGUAUCCUAUAAUAAUAUUCGUUGGACAGAUCAACCGUGUAGAUUUAAGCCGGAUGAUUUCAAUGAAAAAUUCAUGUUGGAAGAUACCAUGGAUCCAUGCCUAAAUCUCUUUGAUACAAUUCAAAGUGCUCACAGCAAUAACGAUAAUAAUGACAAUGAUAAGGGUAAUAAUGAUACAAUUUGCGGAGAUUAUUUACCUUUCAUGAAUUCACCUGAAUAUUUGUCUUCAAAUGAAGUUAUCGAAUGUUGUAAUUACCAAGAAACAGAUUGUUAUUUCUAUGUAAACAGAACUAUCAUUGAAGAAGCAUUGAACGCCACACUGCCGGUUGUUUACUCAAUACUAUUACGGAAUAAUAAUUGUGACGAUACUGUAAGAAUAGACAAUUCAUUGAUUACACAGAUAUUUUUUAAUGCUCUGUAUACAGCAAGAAGCAACAAUGAUAAUAGUGAUCAACCGUUGGUGAUGAAAUAG